UCCUGCUAGCCACUCUUUUGAGAAUGGCCUUCAGACCACACCAUUUCCUUGGUCGUCUACCCCUCUCUCUCUCUAUAUAUAUUCGUGUACACAUGCUAAGGGAAAGUGCAACUUUCUUUUCCAACUUCCAAUAGAUCUAUUAGUGUUGAUGCUCUCUGUGUUUUCUAAUACCAACUUCCGAGAUCAAUAUCUUCUGAAUCCUUCUUUUGCCAAGUAACCUUGAAAACCAUGGGUUUCCGCUUACCUGGUUUGCUUCACACAAAGGAGAUUCUCCGCCGCUCUCUUUCAGGAGGGAGGAACCAAUCGCUUUGGUCAACAACAGCCAAUGUUCCCAAGGGUCAUUUGGCAGUUUAUGUAGGAGAAGCAGAAAAGAGGAGGUUUGUUAUUCCAGUAUCCUACUUGAAUCAUCCUUCAUUCCAAGAAUUGUUAGGUCAGGCCGAGGAAGAAUUCGGGUUUGAUCAUCCAAUGGGUGGCCUAACGAUUCCUUGCAAGGAAGACACUUUCAUCCAUCUUUUGAAUGCCUUGUUAGAAGAGUAACACAACAUCUUCAGAAAGGUUAGCCAUGGAAAAAUGAAUCAAUGCAUAGAAGCUCCUUCGGUUGUCAUUCUAUGCCACAAGCCAAYGAACGACGAGCCAGCCCAUAAGAUCAAAGGGCUCUGCAGCUUCGGAUCCAAAAGAAAGAUUCUUCAAUCAAAACUAAUGGGGGAUGGGCCAGCAUUAAAUCCAAACUCUCCAAUUUUGUAGCUUUUUGUGAAACGAAAGGCAUUGCAUUUGAAGUUGAGGAGGGGGAUUGAGAUUAAAAUCAGUCUCCCUAUUUUUCCAAAGUAUAUUGUUGGCAUUCCAACAUUGUAAAUUUACAUUCUGUAUACGAGCAAGGAGAAUUUCUCCCAACGGAAAUUGGAAAUACCAUUCAAUA